GCAAAUCCUGUGAAAUAAGUAGUGAAAGAACAUCUAUAAAUUAACUUCAUUGUGAAUAUGAUUAUCUUUCAGGGACACAAUGGAGGAAGAAACAGUGAGACCUUCCACAAGAUUCAAAGGUGUGGUCCAAAAGCCCAACGGCAACUGGGGUGCCCAAAUAUAUUCCUAUAACCAACGCAUUUGGCUGGGAACUUUCCGAACCGAACUUGAAGCAGCCUUCGCUUAUGACAGCGCUUCAUUGAAGCUUCGUUGGGGAGGUCCUCACCGAAAUUUUCCAUGGACGCCCAUUACCACCGAGGAAGCCAAGUUCCAGACCCAGUAUUCUACUGAAGAAAUUCUGAAGAUGAUUAGGGAGGGUUCUUACAUUUCCAAGUUUUUGGAAUAUGCAAGGUCUUGUAGUAUUGGGCAUGGCGUGGAGGUGGUAGCAUGGAGGGAAUUGUUUCGGAAGGAGCUGACACCAAGUGACGUUGGUCCGUUGAACAGGAUGGUGAUCCCUAAAAGAUAUGCCACUGAAUACUUUCCGAACAUUCAAGCCGGUGGAGGGACUCUAGAAUUGGUGCUCAGGGAUGGUGCUAUGAGGCUGUGGAACUUUCGGUAUUGCUACUGGGGGAGUAGUGGAAGUUAUGUGUUGACCAAGGGAUGGAACAAGUUUGUUAAGGAGAAGGGGUUGAAGGAGAAGGAUGUCGUUGUAUUCUUGGAAUGUGAUUGUAGGAUGACAAGGAUGCCGGGGAUCCAGAGGCUACGCAUCAUCCAUGUAGAGAAAUCUCGAUGCAAUGGUGGUUGGGGCGGUGGUGGUAGCAGUCGUAGCAGCAAUGGUGGCGGCAGUAGCAGCAGUGCUGGUGGCGGUGGCAGCAGCAGCAAUGCCACAGUUAAUGUUGAUGAUCAGGAGGAUAGCAUGGAGGUGGACUUGGAGCUCCGAUUAGGCUUGAAGACUAGUGAUGAGGAGAAAUCGAUGGAAGUGGAGCCAUUGCUUCGUGGUGGUGCACUAGCAGAGUUCGAACUCUUCGGCAAACAAAUUUUUUGAAGCCCUGAAUCACUUUUUGGAGUGAUGAAAAGUUUUCCAUUUCCUUCGUUACAUAAGGUUAAUAAUAUUUAUCUUUAAUGCAAAUCAAAGAGUCUGCUCGGCUCAGCUGUUGUUUGCUAAGUAUAACUUUGUGUUUGUAUGGAAAAACAAAUAUUUAUAUUUAUAUAAAAUAAUUAUAUAAUAUAAAUAAAAUUUUACAUUUAAU